UUGCUUUAGCAGCAGGAGUAGUGUUACUCCGUUUUCAGCUGCCGGUCAAAUCAGACAUAAGAUGUUUCCACGCGGUGAACUGUGGGUGUUGGUGGCCACCAUCCUGCUCAGUGGUGUCGCUCUCUCAGCUGCUGAUGAAGGUCUGCUUGGGAAAGCCCUGGUGUUUCCCUAUGAGACAGUUGACAGCUACGCCAAACUGACACCCCAGAAGCCCCUGAAGCUCAAAGCCUUUACGCUCUGCAUGAACCUGGCCACGGAGCUGAAAGGCAGGAGAGAUGUCAUCCUGUUUGCGUACCGCACUCGAGACACUGACGAACUGAAUGUCUGGCGAGAGGCGGAUGGGCGAUUUUCCCUCUACCUGAGUGGACAGCCGGUGCUUUUUGACUUACCACCACUGACCACGUUGAAGACCCAGAUGUGCAUCACUUGGGAAUCCACCACAGGUCUGUCUGCUUUCUGGGUGGAUGGCAAGCGAAGCGUUAGGAAGGUGCACAAACCUGGACACACGACUAAUCCCAACGGAGUCGCCAUUAUUGGACAGGACUUUGACAGUUUUGAUGGGAACUUUGACCCUCGUCAGAGUUUUGUUGGUGAAAUUUCUGAUGUUAACAUGUGGGACUAUGUCCUGCCUGAAAGUCAGAUUGUGGCAUUGCGUUCGUCUUGUGACAGCGUUCCCAAAGGUAAUAUUUUUGACUGGGACACCAUUCAGUACCAGAUCUAUGGGAGAGUAAUUGUUGCAUCUGACGAAUCUACAGUGUAAAUGUCAAGGCAACAUCGUCCAAGUCUGUGACAGUGCUCCUGAAAAAUAUACUUAAUCAGUGACGUGUUGUGAUUCACAGUUUAAAUUUGAUUGAAUUAAAAUGUCUAUAAUGGUUUCAGUGUAAGCAGAUUCCAUUAACUUACACUUUUGAAUUACAAGGGGUUUCUGUAUUCUUACUGUUCUUUUGCUUUCGUGUCACAGGUCUGUAAGAUCAUAAAUUACAUUUCUCAGCCAAAAAGUCUUCUCUGCACUUCUAUGAAUUAGACGCCAUUUGUGUGUUGAAAUAUUUUCAUAACAGAUUCCCAACUUUGUAGGCAUUCAGUGUAAAACUAUUUCAAUCAAUGCAUGUCUGCUUGUCUUUCUAAAACCAAUUAAAACAUUUUGCUGUCUAGU